CUCAAAAAUCCAGAAGUAUGAAAUGGGAUCAGCUUCAAACAUUGCUAAGCAUGAAUUCAUUCAACCUGGUGCCUUAGCAACAAAGGGACGGGGAGGGAAAAGCUUAAGAGUAAUGGGCUCUUUAAGAGUUAAUGCCGAACAGAGGACUCUAAUUGCCAAAAAUAAGAGUUGUAAUACAGCAACUUCUAAGUUGAAUAUGCUAGCUGAGAAAAGUUUCAAUGUGCACCCUUAUUUUGAAGCAAUGGAUGACAAUUUCCCCCUCUAUCAAGAAGCUGAAAUGACUCAAGACGCUCAGAGAAGUGACAGAAGCGGUCGAGGACAAAGCAUUAGAGUUACUGCUGAAAAGAGGACUCUGAUUGGAAAAAAUAGAAGCUGUACUCCAGCAACUUCUAAUCUAAAUAAGCCAACAAAGAGAAGUAUCCUUGUGCCUCCUGAUUUUGAUCCAAUGGAAGACUCCCUUUAUCAAGAUGUUGAAGUGACUCUAGAUGUUCAGAGAAGUGAUACUAGUCCAUUUGAAUCUCAUAAGGCAAAAAAAGUGGCUGCAGUGACUCGAGAUGUUCAGAGAAGUCCAUUUGAAUCUCAAAAGGCAAAAAAAGUGGCUGAAGUGACUCGAGAUGUUCAGAGAAGUGAAACUGGUCCAUUUGAAUCUCAAAAGGCAAAAAAGAUGGCUGAAGUUACUCGAGAUGGUCCAUUUGAAUCUCAAAAGGCAAAAAAAGUUGCUGAAGUGACUCAAGAUGCUCAGACUAGUGAAACUAGUACUUUAUUUUCUUUUGUGUAAUAUUUUCUUGUUGUUAGUGGCUUGGA